AUGCGCCAGCGCUCAAAUUCUGUAACUUCCGAGGACGUGGACUAUCUUGCAGAUUCUUCUGAACUUCAUCUUCAUUUUGAUAAUAAGAGUUUUGAAGACACGUUCAACGAGAAUGAGUUCAUAGAUAUGGUUUUAAACAGAAGAUCAGAUCGAGGCCACGAGAGCGCGUUUGGGCGAGCUCUGCAAGCACGUGAAAAAGAGUAUAAAGAAAAUAAUGAACCAGUUCUUGACUUCCAGACGCCAAUACCCAAUUCUGUGGCAUCAUCCACUCCAAGAGUGGUUCCGCCGCAGAAUGUUGGGAUACUACAGAGCCACCGCAAAAACGUCUUGAAUGAACGUCUUGACAGUGCAAAAUCGGAACCGAGUCAGGUUCAGAAGCUGGUGGUCAAGUUUGACGAUACCGUUCAGGAUAAAGAGAACCAUCACUAUGUUCAGAAACUCAAAUCUUUACAAACAGAAAAGGACCAGCUUGAAACUAAGGUGGAAGAGAUGAGCUCGCAAAAUACAAAAUUAUUAAUUGAUCUCGAUACAAAAAACAAGGAGAUCGAGGACCUGCACAGAAGAAUAGACUCCCUGAUAGACAGCCGAAGUGUUAUCCAGAAAGAGCUGGACUCUUUCAAGGAAAUGAUCUUAGGUAGGGAGGAAUUACAAAAGGAUCUCGACUCGUUGCAAAAGUCGAAGGAGUCGUUAGAGCUAGAGAAUCAGAACUUAAAAACUACUGCCCAAGACCAAAAGACAAAGCUAGUCGAUUCUGAGAAGCAAAACUCCGAGCUUGGGAUGAAAUUAAAGGAGCAGAUAGACUUGGUGGCCAAAUUGACCAUUGAAAAGGAAACAGCCGAAACCGAGGCCGCAGAGCUUCGCGCAGUAAGUGCAGAGUUGGAGAACGUGAAGAGCGAGCUGGAUACCGCUCGUGAGCAGAACCAGGCCUUGGAGAGAGAGAAGGAGAGUCUACAAUUAGAAUUGGAAGAAAAAUCGCAAAAGGUCUUGAAUUCUGAGAAGCUCAGAUCUGAAGUUUCCGAGCAGCUGGAAACCUACAAAGUGCAAACAGAAAAGGAGAAGGGACACCUUUCGGCUGAAUUGCAUGACGCUCGAAACCAUAUAGAUCAACUGCUGCAGGAACAGAAACAAUUAAACAAAAGACUGGAAGAUUAUGAGUAUCUCAUUGAGUCGCUCAAAUUGGAGAACGAAAAACAUGCCGCCAAGCAUGGAGAUCUGAACUCUCGACUAACAAAAGAAGAUCUCAAAAACUAUGCACUAUUGAAGCUUGACGAGAUCGACUCGAUGACGUUUGUGGAACUUGCGAACUGUAUGAAACAACUGCUUCACUCAUUCGGUAUUCGCUACCAGAACUUUGGUCCUUACUUCCAUUUCUUAAGACAGUCGUUUGAUUACUACGAGCAGUUUGCGCUGAACUUGCACGAGCUUCUGUACAAUGAGAAGCCCAUGAAUCCGGAGCUGCUUAUUUCCCAAAACCUACGCAAAUUCUCGCCCGCUAAUGUCAAAAACCUCAAGCGGUGUCUACAAGGAAUGCUGGACGCUGUGGAUACCGGUAUGUAUGGACAAUAA